GCCGUACCUAGUAUUGACCUACAUCUUGUUUUUAUUUUUUCAUUUACAUUUUACAUUUACAAUGUAUUAUAUGGUUUAGAGUAUCCUUAUAGAAGUAUGAGCGAAGAAAGUAACACUCCAGUCCCACAAUAUGUGAUAGGCAAAGACAACAUUGUUAAGAUUGUAUAUCCACCAUCAUCAUCUGCUGAGGCAUGUGACCAUGGGCCAAAUCAGGAAGAUUAUGUAUGUAUUGUUGAGAAUGAGGUCCCUGAUGUUAUGGAAGAGACAGUUGUCAUUACCUCUGGUACAGAAGAGCAGGUUGUAGCAAGUGGGACAGAAGGUACAAAUGGCACAGAGAGGCAAGGCACGGAGCUCAACCAGCAAGAUAUACAGAUAAUUAUAGAUGACCUGAUAGUACAAAGUAAGGCAGACAGUACAUAUGAGGAGGCGGGUGAGCCUUCUACACACAAUGGCCAGAUUUGUGAGCAGUCAGAGGUGCAAGGCUUACAGAUAGAGAUACAAGAGAAUGGAGAGAUGAAAACUAUCAACAUACCAAACAGCAGUGAUAUUACAAAUGAUAGUAUUGAAUCCUAUGUGGAGUUCCCUGGGGAUGGAGGUUCUACAGACAUUGGCCCAAGCACUCUUCCUGACUCUACCCAGGGAUAUAUAGAGGAGGGAGACAUAUGGUCCAGAGAGGAUGUAAAACUCUACAUGGACAGCCAAGAGACUGUAGAGGAUUAUUAUUGUGCUAAAAGAAAUGUUUUGAAAAGAGAACGUGACAAAAUAAAGAAAAGACAACUCAGACAGGAUCCUUCUUUCAGAGACAAGGAACGCAUAGAGGCUAAAGCAAGGAUGGCAUCUAAAAGAAAGGACCCUGCAUAUAGACAAUUAGAACGGGAGAAAGAUAAAAUGAGACGGAGAUUAGCGCGACAAAGAAAUUGGGUUGCUAGGGAAAAUGAACGAGAAAGAGACAAAGAAUACAAAAAGCAAGCAAGGACAGGGAAUACUAGUAAUAUUGCUGUAAAAUUAGACCAAAACUUUACUCCACAGGAAGUGACUCAACUUUAUGUAUCUCAAUUUGAAGUUUUAUAGCACGACUGUUUACUCAUUUAUGUAUAUGAGGACAUAAUGCUUAUUAGAUUAAACCCCUUGAAGUUAUUCUGAUGUUAUGGAGUUUCCAAGGACCAUGUAUUUUCGGGACAAUCAGCUAAAAGGAACUAAUCACUAUUUGGAUCCACCAGUUUAAGUAAUGGAUAAACAAUAAGCCCUGGGAACUAGGAGAAAUAAUAGCCAAGGGCCGAUAUUGUUUAUCUCACUUAAACCUCACAAUGACUAUAAUUCGUUCAGUGCACUGCAUGUAACAGGCCAUGUAUGUAGUGUAAAAUUUGAUUUCUUUUGUAUUUUCUAUUGAACUAUUGACUGAGUUAACUUGGAUCAAUACUCUAGGUAGCAGCACAAAUUAAUUAAUUGUUAUUUAAUUGUUUUAUUUCAAAGAAUGAACAAUAACAAAAGAAGAAUAAAUGUACAUUGGUAUAUUGUUCUUAAAUGAUGAACACUAUCAAAAACUAUUAAUUGUCUUUUUUGCCACAUUGGUUUUUGAUAGCUUGCGAAGUGUCAUUUCUUUAAAAACAAUAGAAAGAGAAUGGAUUUUUCUUUUGAUACAACUGUAAAUUCUUUAAAAUAAACUACAGUUAAUUCUAUUGUAUUGCUACUAAGUGGGGUUUAAUCUGUGAUAUACCAUCACCAUGUAAUCUCUUCCUAAGGAACAUAUUCACUGAAGUGAUACCUAUUAACUACUAACAGUAUUUCAAUUAAAUAAAUGACAAGUAAGUAAGAAGAACCAAAAUUA